CCGCCGGCUCCAGCACCGCGGACAGCGCCCGGCCAGCACCGCGGACAGCGCCGGGCGCCGGUACCGGGCCGCCCCCAUGGCGCUGCUCCGCGUCCUCUGCCUUCUCGCCGCCCUCCGACCACGCACCCCGCCAUCCCCGCCCCGGGGCUGCCGGGCAGAGCCCCACACUCGUUACGGGCUCUGUCCCGGGGGUCCCCGGAGCCUGGAGGGGGGCCCUGCCUGGCAGCGUGGCGCUGAGGCUCGGCCGUGCCCCAGGGAGCCUGGGCACUGACACGGAGGAGCGGCUGGUCGAGUACCUGCUGGACCCCGCUCGCUACAACAAGCUGAUCCGGCCGGCCACCAACGGCUCGGAGCUGGUCACCGUGCAGCUGAUGGUGUCGCUGGCGCAGCUCAUCAGCGUGCACGAGCGGGAGCAGAUCAUGACCACGAACGUCUGGCUGACCCAGGAGUGGGAGGACUAUCGCCUCACGUGGAAGCCCGAGGACUUUGACAACAUGAAGAAGGUCCGCCUGCCCUCCAAGCACAUCUGGCUGCCUGACGUGGUGCUCUACAACAACGCCGAUGGGAUGUACGAGGUCUCCUUUUACUCCAACGCGGUGAUCUCCUACGACGGCAGCAUCUUCUGGCUGCCACCUGCCAUCUACAAGAGCGCCUGCAAGAUCGAGGUGAAGCACUUCCCCUUCGACCAGCAGAACUGCACCAUGAAGUUCCGCUCCUGGACCUACGACCGCACCGAGAUCGACCUGGUGCUGAAGAGCGAGGUGGCCAGCCUGGACGACUUCACGCCCAGCGGCGAGUGGGACAUCGUGGCGCUGCCGGGGCGGCGCAACGAGAACCCCGACGACUCCACCUACGUGGACAUCACGUAUGACUUCAUCAUUCGGCGCAAGCCGCUCUUCUACACCAUCAACCUCAUCAUCCCCUGCAUCCUCAUUACCUCCCUGGCCAUCCUGGUGUUUUACCUCCCGUCCGACUGCGGCGAGAAGAUGACGCUCUGCAUCUCCGUCCUGCUCGCCCUCACCGUCUUCCUCCUGCUCAUCUCCAAGAUCGUGCCGCCCACCUCACUGGACGUGCCGCUGGUGGGCAAGUACCUCAUGUUCACCAUGGUGCUGGUGACCUUCUCCAUCGUCACCAGCGUCUGCGUCCUCAACGUGCACCACCGCUCGCCCACCACGCACACCAUGCCGCCCUGGGUCCGCACCCUCUUCCUCCACAAGCUCCCGGCGCUGCUCUUCAUGAAGCAGCCGCGCCAGAGCUGCGCCCGCCAGCGCCUGCGCCAGCGCCGGCACACGCAGGAGCGCGCCGCCGCCACCGCCCUCUUCGUGCAGGCCGGUGCCCACAGCUGCACCUGCUACGCCAACCCGGGCGCUGCCAAGGCCGAGGGGCUCAACGGCUACCGGGAGCGGCAGGGCCAGGCGCCGGGCCCCGCGGCGGGCUGCAGCUGCGGGCUGGAGGAGGCGGUGGACGGCGUGCGCUUCAUCGCUGACCACAUGCGCAGCGAGGACGACGACCAGAGCGUGAGUGAGGACUGGAAGUACGUGGCCAUGGUCAUCGACCGCCUCUUCCUCUGGAUCUUCGUCUUCGUCUGUGUCUUUGGCACCGUUGGCAUGUUCCUGCAGCCCCUCUUCCAGAACUACACCACCAACUCCCUGCUGCAGCUUGGCCAGGGCACCCCCACCUCCAAAUAGCAUGGGGAACAGCCAGUCCCAGGGCCACAGAGCUGGGCACUGGGCUCAGGCGGCCCCUGCAAACCAAUAAAUACUCCCACAGGAG